GCGCCGCCGCCAUUGGCCACCAGUGCUCGUCACGUGACGGCGCCUCAGCGGCCGCGGAGCCGCCGAGCGGGACCGAGAACGAGUGAGGGGCUGGGACGGGACCUCCGGGACGGAACGGACCCCCCGAGUGGAGCUGGAGAUGAUCUCCCACAUGGAUCGUAAGGAGGAACUGUGGUUCUCCCACCUCUGCACCUUCCAAGUGAAGACCGAGAUGGUUCUGAGCGACACCUGUGCAGCUGAAGAUGGGAUUGUGAGCAAGAAAGAGGAGAAUGCCCACCAAGGCAUCCCUGGGCCAGCAGAGCCCGAGGCUUUACUCUCAGGACUCUCCAAGGAGAACAAUUCCCAGAAUCCAGCACAGGACCCAGUCAUCCCACACAGGUCAGAAGGAGUUCAGAGACCUCUGGGGAAGAGGCAAAGCCAAGUGAUGCUGCGUGGGAAGAGUCUCAGGAGGCCGACAGACAUUACCCAGCAGAGAAAUCCAUCUGUGGGGAGACUGAUGGUAUGUGGGGACUGCGGGAAGGGCUUCCGGGUGAGCUCCAACCUCAUCCAGCACCGGAGGAUCCACACUGGAGAGAAACCCUUCGGCUGUGCCGAGUGCGGGGGCAGUUUCCGGCAACGCUCCCAUCUCAUCCAGCACCAGAGAACCCACACGGGGGAGAGGCCCUACGAGUGCUCCGACUGCGGGAAGACCUUCAGCGUGAGCUCCAAGCUGCUCCGCCACCAGGUGACCCACACCGGGGAGAAGCCUUACAGGUGUUCCGAGUGCGGGAAGAGCUUCUCCGGGAACGCCCAGCUCGUGCAGCACCGGCGGGUUCACACGGGGGAGAGGCCCUACGAGUGCGGCAGCUGCGGGAGGAGCUUCAGCGUGAGCUCGGCACUGGCGCGGCACCGGCGCGUCCACACCGGGGAAAAGCCCUACGGCUGCUCCGAGUGCGGGAAGAGCUUCAGCCAGAGCUCCGAGCUCAUGAAGCACCGGCGGGUCCACACCGGGGAGAAGCCGUACGGGUGCUCCGAGUGCGGGAAGAGCUUCACCGUGAGCUCCGCCCUCAUCCAGCACCGGCGGUUCCACACGGGCGAGCGCCCGUACGGGUGCUCCGAGUGCGGGAAGAGCUUCACGGUGAGCUCGCACCUCAUCCAGCACCGCCGCUCCCACACCGGGGAGCGCCCCUUCAGGUGCGUGGAGUGCGGGAAGAGCUUCCUGUGGAGGUCGGCGCUGCUGCGGCACCGGCGGGUGCACACCGGGGAGCGCCCGUACGCCUGUGCCGACUGCGGGGACAGCUUUCGGCAGAGCGCCCACCUCACCCAGCACCGCCGCACACACACCGGGGAGCGCCCCUUCGCCUGCGCCGACUGCGGCAGGGGCUUCGCUGUCAGCUCCGCGCUGCUGCGGCACCGCCGCACCCACGGGGCCGGGCAGGCCUAG